UGGAAGAGAGAGAGAGAGAGAAGAGGGGUUCGAGUCUCAUGGUCAAUGUCGAGGAUGAAGCAUCUCCUACGGAAGCUCCACAUCGGAGGCGGCGGCGGAGGUGGUGGAGGAGGCAACGACCACCCCCACCAUCAUCAUCAGCGGCUUGGUGGUGACCCGACGAGGAACCCCUCUCGGCCGCCCGCCUCCUCCGCCCAGUCCUCGUUGGUCGCCUCUUCGUCGUCGAGUUCGAGAGGGAGGGCUCAAGACACGGUGGCGGCGGCGGCGGCGGAGGAGCCCCGGGACGGGGGAUCGCGGUGCGAUGGGGCGGCUGUGGCGGGAUCGGACUUCAGUUUGUUCGAGGAGGAAUAUCAUGUGCAGCUGGCGCUGGCGAUCAGUGCUUCGGAUCCCGACGGGCUAGAGGAUCCUGAUUCCGUGCAAAUCAAGGCAGCCAAGCGGAUGAGCUUGGGGUGCUCGCCAGGGGUUGGAGCUGCCACAUCUGCCACUAUUGGUGUCAGUGAUGCGGAUGAGCGUUCAAUGGAAUUCCUCUCGCUCCGGUAUUGGAGUUACAAUGUUGUGAACUAUGAUGAGAAAUUGAUGGAUGGUUUUUAUGAUGUAUAUGGUAUUAUCUCAAAUGCCGGUGUAGGAGAAAAAAUACCCUCUCUGGUAGAUCUCCAAGCAAUAUCGGUGUCUGAUGAAAUUGAUUAUGAAGUGAUUCUAGUGAAUCAGACAGUUGACCAUGCACUUCAACAGCUCGAGAGGAGGGCCAUCGCUAUUGCUUUGGAAAGCAAAGUAGAAGAGCAUGGCUUGCUUGCCAGCGGGUUGAUCCAGAAGAUUGCAGAUCUUGUUGUUUGUAAUAUGGGUGGUCCUGUUGAUGAUGCUAUUGAUAUGCUAAGAAGGUGGACUCUUAAGAGCUGUGAAUUGCGGAAUUCUUUGAACACUAUUGUUCUUCCUCUUGGCUCACUAGGGAUUGGAUUAUCUCGCCACAGGGCCUUACUUUUUAAGGUUCUAGCUGAUCGGAUAAACCUGCCAUGUAAACUUGUAAAAGGCAGUUACUAUACUGGUACAGAUGAAGGAGCUGUGAACUUUAUUAAAGUUGAUUAUGAUAGUGAAUACAUCGUGGAUCUUAUGGGAGCACCGGGCACAUUAAUUCCUACUGAGAAUCCCAGCAUUCAUCUUGAAAGUUCUGGAAACUUUUUGCUGGGCUCGGAGACGAUUGAACAGACUGUUAAGGAUUUAUGCAUAGCUCUUGAUAAAGCUAGUUGCCAGAUUGAGAGGAAAACUGAUUUAUUAGAAGGAAGUUCUGAUAACAGCUUAUUGUCAGGACAACUUGGACUGCAGCUAGAAGAAAGUUCAAGCUUGGUUGCUGAAACAGAAGAUAUUGAUGUAAAUAAUGCUGAGAACAAUGAACUUGUAAGAUGUGAAGAUGAACAUGGAAAGCUCUGCCCUCUGCCUAUUAGGCCACAAGCGGACACAAUAAAACCUAAAGAAGUUAUUUCCUCUUCUCAACAGAUGAAAGUUAAUGAUGUUUCCAAAUAUGUUGUCACUGCAGCAAAGAACCCUGAGUUUGCUCAGAAAUUGCGUGCAGUUUUGUUAGAAAGUGGUGCAUCACCUCCGCUUGAUUUGUUUUUUGAUUUAAGUCCACCAAAUUCAAUAGAACAGGGCCAUAGCCAAAGCGAUUGCAAGGAGGCAAAAGAAGGAAGAAUUGAGCCAGAGUUACCUGUGAUCUGUUUGACUUCAAAAUUUGAUCCUUCUGUUUCACCCUCAAUGGAAGCAGAAUGUCCAAUGAAUGCUGAUAAUGGAAAAAAGAAUCAACAUCUUGGUGAAGAUUCAAUACAAAAUAUUGAUGAAAGCAUGUGUUCGCCUAUAGAAAAAACAAAUGAGUGGUUAGUCUUACCUGAUGCUCAGGUGGAUGGAAGUAUUGAUGAUUCCUUUGGUAAAUUCACUGGUCCAGUUCUUGAUAGUGCAGUCAUGUCAAGAUCUUCAUGCAUGAAACAAUUGAAUGCAUAUUCUAUGCCAUGUGAAGCUGAGUCCAGCCAUAAAGGUUGUGCAAGUAUUCUUGGAUCAUCAGUUGCACAUAUUUCUCAGGAAAAUUCAGGAAGAACCUUUAAUUUUGAUGGACAUGAGGAUAUUCCUUCUGAAGAUUUUCAAGAGAGUACAAUAGAUUCUACUGGAAAACUCUAUCAAACUAAUCUGCAUGGCUUAUGUACUUCUGACAAUGAACAAACAAGUAAAAUACUAGAUGCAGUUGCCGAAUGGGAGAUACCGUGGGAAGAUCUUCGGAUUGGAGAGAGAAUUGGUCUAGGUUCGUAUGGGGAAGUCUAUCGUGCAGACUGGAACGGCACUGAAGUUGCCGUGAAGAAAUUUUUGGAUCAGGAUCUCUCUGGUGAUGCUCUGGAGCAAUUUAGAUAUGAAGUCAAAAUCAUGUCAAGGCUACGACAUCCCAAUGUUGUUCUUUUCAUGGGAGCAGUGACCCGUCCUCCAAAUUUGUCAAUACUAACAGAGUUUCUUCCAAGGGGAAGUUUAUAUAGAUUGUUGCAUCGCCCUAAUGUUCAACUUGAUGAAAAACGACGACUAAAGAUGGCAUUGGAUGUGGCCAAAGGGAUGAACUACUUGCACGCUAGUCAUCCAACUAUUGUGCAUCGGGAUCUGAAGUCUCCAAAUCUUCUUGUUGAUAAGAGUUGGGUGGUCAAGGUCUGUGAUUUUGGCUUGUCAAGGCUGAAGCAUCACACCUUCUUGUCAUCGAAGUCAACAUCUGGAACACCAGAGUGGAUGGCACCGGAGGUCUUACGAAAUGAACCAUCAAACGAGAAAUGUGAUGUUUACAGCUUUGGUGUCAUAUUGUGGGAAUUAGCUACUUUGCGCAAACCAUGGGGUGGGAUGAACUCAAUGCAAGUAGUUGGAGCUGUGGGGUUCCAGAACAGACGUCUUGACAUACCUAAAGAGGUUGAUCCAGUGGUUGCACAAAUAAUAACUGAUUGUUGGGAAAGUGAGCCGAAUAAACGUCCGUCUUUUGCACAGCUUUUGUUACCUCUUAGGCAGCUGCAAAAGUUGGUGGUUGCAAAUUGAUGGCUUUACAUGUUGCCCAAUAACAUGUGUAGCUACCGGCUGAAGACAUCGCGAGCCAUGUAAAUUAAGAAUGUGUUCCGGCUGGAACAGCGAAAGGCACUCCUUGUUGCAAAAUAUACCCUUAUCGGAACAGAUAAAUGUGUUCUCUAGAUCAGUUCAAAUUAGAGUUUCCCAAGAGAUCUGUCAACAAAAAGGUUUUGGCUAGAGGCAUGUGAUCCAGUCCUGAAGCUGUGCGAAGUGCAGCUUAAAGAGUUAAGAUUGGUAUUAGUUCAAACUCGUAUAUUGAUGUGGUGCUUAUAUCACUGUAGCACAUAAUUCCGUCAUUUUGUUUUGGAUUCACAAGUCGAAUCUGAAACUGAUUGAAACUGUACACAUCAGCUCAAAGUUGUAACUAUUGUCGUUGUGGGAAAAAAAAAAAGGUACAGGAAAGAGAGGAAAAACAAAAAAAAUUGAAGGGAUGCACAAGUCGCAGACCCCCUGUUUACAGUCUCAAUAAAAUGUUAGUUUCUCGUGUUCAUCCUUA